AUGAUCCUCACCGGAACCUCUUCCCUGCUUCGCCGCACUGCUGCGGCCGCAGCUCGCGCUCCCACCUCGCAGGCGCCCGCCUCGCUUGCCAUCGCAUCCACAAGCGUUGCCGCCUCUUCGACCAUCCUUCCGGCUUUUGCAUUCGGUGGUUCGAUCCAGACCCGUAACUCCACCAAGCGUGGAGGUGGUUCGACCAAGAACAACCGCAACUCGCCCGGUAAACGUCUCGGUUACAAGAAGCAGACUGGUCAACUCGUAUACCCGGGCCAGAUCAUCUUCAGGCAACGCGGAACUUCAUGGCAUCCGGGCCUCAACACGGCAAUCGGCAAGGACCACACCAUCUUUGCUACUGCUCCCGGCUACGUUCACUUCUACUACUCCAACCCGACUCCGUCGACUUCGGCUCAGGCUGCACCUGCCUCGUCGCCAUCGGGCGUAAAGCUUCCGAUCAAGAAGCUCUCCCCCACCACGUUCAACGCCACCGCCCUUGUCUCCACACCCCACCCUUCGUCCAAGAAGCAACGUCGCAGGUACAUUGCCGUCUCGGCCGACCCCGAGACUACCUUCCCUCUUCCAGCCGGCACUCCUCGCGAGAGGAGAUUCGACAGGGUUGACCUCAACUCGCUCCAGAGCCAGAUCGACCAGCUCAAGAUCCACCAGCAGGCGGCCGACAACCUCGACUCGUCCUCCGCCCCCGCCUCUGCCUAA